CUGGCAGUUGUAUUGUAUUGAUUGCUUGUUGGAGAACACAUUGCUAAUAUGAAUUGUAUAUGGUCAGGAUGGUUGGACUGCAUUUGAUUAUGCUAUGAGGAAUGGUGACUUGUCUACAGCUGGUUGGUUGGUGUUUGCAAGUGAAAGAGUUGAAGAUCUUACAGUUAAGACUCGUCGUCCCGUGUUCCAUUGGGCAUGUAAGAACAAGAGAGUUGAUGUUGCAAGAAAUAUUGUGGAACAUCACGGAACAGAAUGGAAGGGCGACGAUGGUCGUGAUGCAUUGGAUAUUGUGGCUGUUUAUGACAACGUGGACAUUGCUGACAUCAUCCUGAAGAGAAGACUGCCAGAGGGCAAUGAUGUGGAAACAACUGUUUCUAUGUCAAUGGAAGAUGUUGCAGUGGAGACUCGAUGUGUCGUGUUCCACUGGGCACACAAGAACAGUAGAGUGGAUGUGAUAAGAAAGAUUGUGGAGCAGGGAACAGAAGUGAAGGACAGAUUGGGACGAAGUUUACUUCACUAUGCUGCUGAUCAUGGCAACUGUGAUGUGGUUGAUGUUCUCUUGAGCAAGAAGGCAGAUGCUGAUGCUACAGACAUGUAUGGCAAUAAGCCUUUUGAUUUGGCUGUGAGAAGAGGUCACAUGUCCACAGCUAAUCGGUUGUUUUCAAUAAUGCAGUCAGUUGAAGAUGUUGCAUUAGAGAAUGUGUGUAAGCUGCUGCAGUGGGCAUGUAGUAAUGAAGUGGAUGUUGCAACAAAGAUUGCAGAGAAGUUUUGUCAAUCAGUGGAGAAGAACUCUGGUCGCACUUUACUUCACUUUGCUGCUGAACUUGAUCAUCGUGAGGCAGUCGAGUGUCUGUUGGAGAAAAAGGCUUAUGCAGAUGCUAAAGAUAAGGAUGGCAAUAAGCCUUUUGAUUUGGCUGUAAGAGAAGGUCACAUGUCAACAGCUAAUUGGUUGUUAUCAAUAAUGCAGUCAGUUGAAGAUGUUGCAUUAGAGAUUGUGUGUAAGCUGCUGCAGUGGGCAUGUAGGAAUGAAGUGGAUGUUGCAACGAAGAUUGCAGAGAAGUUUUGUCAAUCAGUGGAGAAGGAGUCUGGUCGCACUUUACUUCACUUUGCUGCUGAACUUGGUCAUCACGAGGCAGUGGAGUGUCUGUUGGAGAAGAAGGCUGAUGCAGAUGCUAAAGAUAAGGAUGGUAAGAGACCCGACCAACUGACUGAUGGUAAACUGAGAAGACGACUAAGGGAAGCAAUAGAUGAACAGAAGUAUGCUGUUCUGUAUGCGGAGGGCACAGUGAGACCAGAAAUCAUGAAAUUGUGUUUUAUUGGUAAAGAAGGAGCAGGAAAGACGACACUCAUGGAGGCUCUCAAACGAGGAUUGUUGAAGUGGAUUUUUGCGAACGAGAAUCAAGCAGAUGACCCAAAAUGUGAAGAGGAACGCACGAUUGGUAUCAACGUGAUGACAGUCGAUAUUCCAGGAGUGGGUCGUUUGUCAGUGUGGGACUUUGCAGGUCAAGGGCAGUUCCACAAAACACACGGCCUCUUCUUCCCCUCCAACUCGUUCUUCAUCCUGCUAGUGAGUCUAGUGAGAGGAGAGGAGAGCCAACCGUGCAGUGUUAAGGAGUUACAAGAAGAGCUUCAGUAUUGGCUCUCAUUUCUCAGAGCCAGUUUGGAUGCAGAGUUUAUACCCACAGUGUUGAUAGCUGGCAGUCACAUAGAUUACUGUCCAGGUCGUGAGGGUGUCUUGCAGCGUGUGGUCGACGACAUGCGUGAGCUGUUUGAAGGCAAGAUCAACAUUAUUGAAGUUUGUUUUGUUCUGGACUGCAGGAGGAGCAGGACACCUGAAAUGAAACAACUAAAGAAAGUUCUCUGUGAUGUGAAGCAGCAGUUGCAGCAGUCUGCUCCUCUGUAUCCUCGUCUUUGUAAGCCAGUCGUGUUCAAUUUGCUUCCUUCUCUUCGUAAGAAAGAAGAAGAUCCGUUCAUGGAGAAGGCAACACUGAUGGAGAGGAUUGAGCAGGAAGCAUGUCCAGGACAAGAGAAGAAGGUUGUAGAGAAAGUAGUUGAUUUUUUAGAUGAUUCAGGAGAGAUUGCUGUUGCCGGUGAUGUGGCAGCUCUCAAUCCUGCAUCUCUACAUCAUUAUGCCAUCGGUCCUCUCAUUGCUUCUGAGGAUUUUAAGUGGCAUGUCAGGUCAAAGAGGAAGGAUGGCACAGUAACAAGAGAAGAAGCAGAAACGGCAAUCGAUCAUUUCCGAAGAGAUAAGAAGAUUCAAGUUCAACUCAACACAGAUAAAGUUCUCGCUAUAAAUGAAUGUCUUGAUAUCUGCUUCAAAGUGGAAAGCAGAGACGACACGUACAUGUUUCCAGCUCUCUUGCCUCCUAAGGAUCUGUCUGUCAUGUGGAAGAGAGAGGAGAGUAAGAAAGUGUAUGUCGGUCGACGUCAAGUGUGCAGCAGUCAGACGACCAUCUUCAGUCCAUCUGCAUUUGGCAUGUUUCAAUCUAAAGUUUGCACUACAUUAGAUAAGAAAGCACAGCUGUGGAGGAAUGGACUAAUCACAUCACAAGGUGAUACAGUUCAGUUUUAUGUCGAGUGUUUGGUUGCCAUGGUAGAUCCUGUUCGUUCUGUCGACUUUGUCUGUCGUGGAGGUGAGGCAACAGAAGUAGAAUGCAUUUCGUUGCUCGACACUGUCAUGUCUCUUUGGAGAGAUACGUUAGACAGAUACAGUCCAGGCACUGACUAUGAGACCGAAUAUCUGAGCAGAAAGCAUUUAGAGGAACACAAAGAACAGAAACAAGUUGCUGUUUACUCAGAGGAGGAAAUCAAGGAAGCAAAGGCAAAGAACAAAGGGCCACAUACUGUAGUAACACAACUAGUUGGUGAUGAGCGAGUCGUAGAAAGUCUUGGUGACCUGCUGGUGAUUCUCCCUUCCAAACAAGCAUCUCCACUUUCUCCUAGUCCAGUUGUGAAGGCUGUUAUUGAGUAUGGUGUAGAUCAAUGGCAUUCAUUUGCAGAAAGAUUAGGUUUUAAUUUCUCUCAGAUUAAUGUCAUUUGUCAUGACAAAGCGUCUCUCACUGAUAAAUUAUCUGCAGUUAUUCAAGUGAAGACUGAGCAAGUUGGUGACAUGAAGAAGAUGGAUGAUCUGCUACUGCAGGUAUGUGCACUGUUACCGAAUCCCAUUCAUGCAGCAGUCGAGAGAAGCUUGUCAUCUUCCCAAUAUGAUUGUAGCUCAUAAGUGUGACUGUUAUAUCAACAUUUUAGUCCCAUAAAUUGGCAUAAUGUCUGUGUUUGUGUGGAAAGUGUGAAUUGUGUGUAUCUGCAUGCAAUCGAAUGGUGUAAACAGAAUUGCACGUCAUCAUCAGACAUCAUGCUAAUACAUGUAUUGUUGUAUUUACAGUAUUUAUUGAUACAAAUACAGAGUUUAGAUGUAAUUGUCAAUAAUAAAA